GUCUGCCGCAGCCAGUAAGUCAGACGCGGCCUGUGAUAAGGCCUAUCCCAAAGUUGAUGCAAACGCGCUGGUUGAAUGAGUUGGAGAGAAAAUGGCUGGAAUUUGCAAAUUUCGUUCCACCAUCGACAUAUCGAAGAAACACUGUCGACAUGUAUUUCUAAAGAGACUCAAGAUGCAUCUACCCUUGGCAUCUUGUGUUAUGGAGUCUCAUGGAGUCAGAUACCUCAGCUCUGGCCCUGAUCCCGACUUCCUCCAUGAGUCCAUCAUUCCGACAAUGCACUUCCAACGGAGUCUCCCCAGGCUGCCCAUACCCAAGCUGGUCGACACCUGCCGCCGCUAUCUGGCCUCUCAGAAACCGCUGCUGACGGAGGACCAGUUUGCCCACACCAAGGCCAUGGUCGAGUCCUUUCGGCACAAUGAAGGGCCCGAUUUGGACAUGCUUCUGAGGAUAGAGGACAAGCAGAACAAGCAUACCAACUACAUCUCAGGGGCCUGGUUUGACAUGUACCUGAAGGACAGGCAGUCCAUAGUACUCAACUAUAACCCAUUCAUCACUUACAACAAUGACCCUAGACCAGAGAAUAUGGACCAGUUAAUACGAGCAACAAAUAUGGUCAUAUCUGCUGCCAGGCUAAUGAAGACAAUGAGAGCUAAUGUACUGGAGCCUGAGCUGUUUCAUCUCAACCCCAAGAAGACAGACACAGAUAGCUUCAAAAGGAUGGCUAGUCGGAUGCCAGAAUCAAUCGCCUCCUACUAUGCCAUCCUCAACAAGGCCUUCCCUCUGGACAUGAGCCAGUACUUCAGACUCUUCAAUUCUUCCCGUGUCCCACUGUACGGGAGGGACGACUUUGCCACAGAUCCGACAGCCAAACAGGUGCUUGCGAUUCGGAACGGCAACUUCUACACCUUUGACAUCUUAGAUAAGGAUGGGAACAUCUUACCCCCGUCAGUGAUCCAUGCCAACAUCAGCUACAUCCUCCAGGAUGGUGCCCCUCCCCCUGAGCACCCGCUUGGUUUCCUGACCAGUGAGAAUCGCAACACCUGGGCCAGACUACGCCAGCACAUGGCUGGCCUGAGCGCCAGCAAUGCUGAAUCCCUGCGCCGCAUUGACACUGCCAUGCUGUGCCUUUGCCUUGAUGAUGUCUCGCCGGACACUCCAGAGAGCAUGACGAGACAUAUGUUGCAUGGCAACGGGAGCAACAGGUGGUAUGACAAGUCAAUUCAGGUCAUCCUGUGCAAGAAUGGCAUGAUGGGAGUCAACUUUGAACAUGCCUGGGGGGAUGGUGUUGCCGUCUUGCGCUUCUUCAAUGAGGUGUACAAGGACAACUCGGAGAAACCUGCCGUAGGGCCCGACUCACAACCGGCCAACGUUGAUGCUGCAGAAAAUGUUCAGAGUAUACGCUUUGACCUGGAUGUUGCCAUGAAAGACAGCAUCCAGAAAGCCAGGGAUGGCUUCCAUGCCAUGACCAGCCGACUGGGGGUGUGUGCCAAGCAGAACUUCCUGUUUGGUCGAGACUACCUGAAGAGCACCGAAAUUAGUCCAGACUCUCUGAUGCAGCUGUCAUUCCAGAUUGGCUUUUACACCCUCACCGGACAGACAGCGCCGACCUACGAGUCUUGCAGCACGGCAGCCUUCAAGCAUGGCCGCACAGAGACGUUACGGCCAGCCACCAUGGAAACUAAGCAAUGCGCGAUGGCAUUCCAGAAGGACUCGGGAGUUAGUGCUCAGGAGAAGAGAGCCCUGCUGAAAGCAUGCUCAGACAAGCACUACGGCCUGACCAAGGAGGCCCUGAUGGGCAAAGGCUGGGACCGCCACCUGUUUGGACUGAGAAAACUCGCUGAGCGGGACUUUGCCCUGCCUGAGAUGUUCACCGAUCCUGCCUACGCCAACAUCAACCACAUCAUUCUCUCCACCAGCACCCUGGCCAGUCCGGCUGUCCUGAUCGGUGGCUUCGCCCCUGUUACCCCUAACGGCUUCGGGAUUGGCUACGGCAUGAACAGCAACAACCUGGGAGUGAACAUCACCAGCUACCCAGAGUCACACAGUGUGGAUGACUUUGUGGAGUGCAUCAAUCGCAGCUGGGAGGACAUGUAUGAAGUUCUCAGCACGACAACGGCACCACCAAAGAAAAAAUAGUCGGGUUUCACAUCGCUGUUGCAGCAGUAUCCUCACAGUUUCCAAGGGGACCUAUAGGACCAGUGCUUAUGGCAUACUGUAUGCUUGUAUCGUUGCGCAGAGAAUAUUUGGAGAUUGUCGUGUGCGUGGCAGAAAGACAGUUUCUGUUUUUGUCAUGGAACUCACAAUGCAACAAGGGUCAAAUUGCACUAUUUUGCCAGGCAGGUGAAGUAUAGUGGUAUCUUUGGUCUGAAUUUUUCUUUUUCAGAUCUUAACAAAUCUGCAGUAAGAUUGCAGUAAUGACCACUGUGACCUGAGUGAGCUCUAAAAAACCACACGUGGACACCAGUGACUCGCAGAUCACCACACAAGAUCUUUGCCAAACUAGACGGAAAGGCAACUCAUUCCCACAAAAACCUAAAAUUGUGAUUUUUCAGGAUGUUUUGGAAAUGUUGCCCCUUUUUUAUUUUAUCAGUGUUCAUUGUCUUUCAUAAGAAUUGCCAUCUUAUUUCCGACAUGAUUUUAAAAACUGAUUUUCUUGUUGAGUUUGUUUGUUGUUUUGAUAAGCAAACAUGCAGUCAUAUUAGUUUGUAAUUGGCGUGUCCGUUGGCUUUAGCUUGGCUGGUUGUCGGUUGGUUGGUUAACUUUUUAUAGGGUCAUUUGCAUGGGACUAAUAAUGGGUAGGCCCUCGGCACAUUAUGGGGGAGUUUCCUCUUGUCAGGCAAAGUGGGACUGAAUUACGGGGAGUUUCUACUGUUCCCACAUAAUCAGUGCAAUGGCAAGUGUGUGUCUUCAUAACUAAGGAACAAGGAAAUGCGUUAAAGUAUUGGUCACAAUAUGUGCAUGCUGCCUGAUAUGCAAAUCCAAGUUUAUGUGGAAAGUCAUUCUAGUUUAUUUAAGUUAGAAGUCACUUUUGUGGGUGUUUGUAAAAGGAUCACAUGGUCCUAGGAUAACGAGCAACUGAACCCAUGCACAACUUUUAAAAAGGAAUUUGCACCAAAGAUUUGUCCUAAGAUUUUUAAAACUUGUCAACACUCUUGACAAUGUAGAAUCUAUGUCAAUGAAACACACUGCACUCUAUCUGGAUGUUCUUGAAGUCCAAGCAAUGUGCGUUUUAGGACCGAGCACUUAAAAAUUCUAUUCAGAUGUACAUGUGACGGUUACAAGCUUUAUGGUUCUGUCGAAUACAUCCAACCACGAAUAUGUAUUGUAAUUGUGGAACAACAGAGUACUCAGAGAAAGCGAAGUGUGUCCAUUGAAUAAACACCAGCUGAAAUCUAAUUCUUCAUGUGAUCUGUAACGUGCUGUGUGUAAAAAUGAAGGACAUGAGAGAGAUACUUUAGUUAGGAAGAAUCUCAGAACAUCACUGCUUCUUUACAAACACAUUUUCUCAUGUUCCUACCUGUAGGAGAUAGAGGCCAGUGUAAGUUGGCAUGCACCCUCAACGGUCCUUGUGAAAAGUUCCAGUAUUCAGGGAUCUAAGAUGCUCCUUAAAUGUUAAUUUAUAUGAAAUGUCAUCAUUGUCAUGCCAAGUUUUAUUGAAAUAAAAAUGUUGCAGUGGGUCAACCUA